AUGAAAGUCUCGUCGGUGCUUCUUUCUGCAUCCUUAUGGGCCGUGACCGUGAGUGGUUUUGGAGCCAGAGGGUGUGCUGAACGGGCUCUUUAUUAUUCGAUGUAUAUUUCUGAAGAAAUACUUGCCGAAGGCGAUAUGAAGUUCGCGACGGGCUGUGUUGGCAGCCGUACCGGUAUUGGCGGUCAAGCUCGCAGGUGUUACCUCUCUGAAUUUUUGACCUGGAUCGAUAGUAAGCAGAUAAAGAACCUCAACUACGACAAGGUCAAUAUUGGAGGCGCAUCUACUGAGAGUGGUAGAGCAACUGGGAACUGGCAUAAUCAGGAAAACAUACUCAAGAAUGACAAUGCGAAGAAUCGGGUGAAAGACAUCAGAGAUAUGAUUCUUCAUGCCAAUCUAGCGGGGUUUAAAUCAUACAACCCUCCUCCGGAUGGAAUGGACAGGAGAAGUAAGGAAUGGACCGGAUGGCGAGCCGCGAAUCCGGACUGGAAAGAGGGCAUGCCAAAGGGAGAAGGCCACACCAAAGCUUUCGUCCCAUUGAAAAACGGAAAGCCCAUUGCUACAACUGAAGCCUUGAAGGCAAAGCCCUUCCAAGAUUUCUUAAACUAUCAGCAUAUCGACGGUAUCGAAAGGGACCACAGCCCCGCAAAGUAUCAAGAAUUUAUUCACACUUUAUCUGAUCACCAACAGCGGAUCAAUACGGCCUUUGAAAGAUCCAGCAACGAAGUUAAGGGAAAAUUUAAAUCUUGGAUGCAAUCCAUUACGAUGGCGACCGACAUGAUUAUCGAAAUGCGAAAACAGGACCAUUUCAAGAACGUAAUAUACGGGGCAAAGAAAUUUGCAAAUCGCCCUCAUUUAGAAAGGUCAUUUGGAACAGACCUUCGUUUAGACAAGAUUCAAGGCACAUUUGAGAAGUUUGAAGUGCCAAAGAAAACGGAGACAAUAGAGGCGGCGGUCCUAUCCAAUAGGUUCGAAUCAAGGGAAGCGGCCGAGGCUGCGUUUGACAAAAUCUCGCGGACUGAAGAGAGCGUUAAACAUCUGGAUGUAAUUCAGACGAUGAAAAAUCUGAGGGCUCGCUACACAGGUUCAGAGGCCAUCUCACAUGGCACUUGCAAAUAG